AUGCUAUUACAUGAACAAUGGAAGCGCCAAAGGGAAACGACACCCAACAUUGCCGUGCUGGGUUCUGGUGGAGGUCUGAGAGCCAUGGUGGCACUGCUGGGAUCACUGGGUGCUCUGAAUGAAGUGCAACUGCUUGACUCAGUCACAUACCUGAGUGGAGUCUCUGGAUCGACCUGGUGCAUGGCAUCACUGUACAAAGAACAAGACUGGUCCACCAAACUGGAGACUGUGAAACCCAUCAUCGCUAACAGGCUGACUGAUGGAGAAGUCACAUGGACGGAGCAACUCGACAAGCUGGUGGAGUACUAUCAAACCAAUAACUACAGUCUGACGCACGUCUGGGCGGUGUUUAUAUCAGGAUCAUUGAAGGAGAUAGAUGAAAAUGUUCUUACCAGGCAGAGGCGCAACCACACCAAAGAUCCAUACCCCAUCUACACUGUGAUUGAUCAGGAAGGACUGAACACAGAUGUUUGGUUCGAGAUCACUCCUCAUGAGUCUGGUUACUCUCUCUCUGGAGCAUUUGUGAACUCGUCUUGUCUGGGAUGUAAAUUUAAGAACGGGACUUUGAUUAAGAAACAGUCUCAGAUGGACAUGCUGUACCUACAAGGUCUGUGUGGCAGUGCUCUAGCUGAGAGGAAGGAAAUUCUCAAGUGGCUACGGCACUAUCUCUCUUCCUUCACUAGUCCACCAACUGAUUUAUCAAAACUCCAGAAAUAUAAAAUAGAUGAGCAUUGCUGGUUCCUCCUGAAACAUCUGGAUCUGAACCUCCGUGCCUUGAUAGCGGAUGAGGACAAUACAUCAGUUCACAUCAGUUACUUCAAAUCAGAACUACUGAGCGGAGGGUUUAAUGGUGCAGGUGUUUAUGACAACAGCUGGAUUUUAUCAGAAACCCCGAACUCAAAAGUGGACAUAAACACACAAACACUGGAUCUGUGUAAAAUGUUCAUGUCCCGCUACUGUGGACUGGAUAGGACUGCUGCUGUGGUGAAAGCUUUACAACUAGCAGCUAGCUGGACAUGGGGGACCACCUACAACUUCUUGUACAACAUGGAAGUGAAGGACGUGCCCAGACCUCUCCUGAAAUCAAGGACGAGACAGUACAAGGACGCUGGGCUUUUACUGAACUCAUCAUACAUAUCAGUGCUGAGAAAAGAACGAAACAUUGACCUCAUCAUUUCCCUGGACUUCAGUGAUGGAGAUCCGUUUGAGACAGUGGAGAAAGCUGCUAAAAUGUGUGAAGGUCUGAACGUUUCUUUUCCUAAAGUCCACAUACCUGAAGAUCGAACUCAACCGCGGGACUUCUACGUGUGUAAAGGCUACAGCAAAGCUCCCACUGUGAUCCACAUCCCCCUGUUCAACACUGUCAACUGUCCAGGAGCAGUUAAGGAGUGGAAAGAGAAAUAUCCAACAACAACUAUGCAUUACACUGCUCCCAUGAUCUCAGAUCUUCUGGAGAAAGCUGCAUUAAACAUCCGAAACAACAAGAAGAAUCUGCUGAACGUGAUUAAAGAAAUCGUUCAAGAGAAGAAGCAAAACAACGCCUGUAAUUAAUUAAGAAAGCGUCAU